AUGAAGGAAAAACCAGCGUGGUCAAUUUUUGUCUGUUUCAUGCUGCUUCACGGUAAGGCAGGAAAAUACAGAUUAACUAAAUGUGUUAAGAAACUCUUUUAAAAUAAAGUAACUUCCAUAUCUUAUUGAAUUUACAAUACAAAGCCGUUAUAAUAUCUGCCUCUCCUGUUAGAUAAAUGAAUGAAUGACAUUAUUCAUUCAAGUUUAUCUGCCAGUUAAGAGCUGAGAGGGAUUUCUUGAUCCUUAACAAGAGGACUGCGUGUUGCUUGUAAUCGGCUGAAACUGAGAGUUUGUGAUAUUUGCCUGUAGAUUUGCAUCGCCUCCAGUUAGGUUUAACUAUAAUCCUAACCCAAACACCUCUGUAAAGCUUUAGGCAUUUCUAAAGGUAUGAGACGCCACUUUGGGAUUAAAAUAAAUAAAAUAAUAUGGGAUUAUAAAUUGCAAAGAGAGGAGUUUCAGUAGUAGAAAAACAGCCAACUAAAGCAUGUGUGGCUGAUACAACAAGUAUUUAUCUCUGUCAUCGUUUUAAAGUGAAGUCUGAAAAUUAAUCACAACUUUUAUAUGGGAGAUAUGAGGUGGCGUUUAAUUCAGCUAAAUCGUUAUAUUCACUUAUAUUCACUAUUUUUUUUGCCAUCAAACAGACAAUGGUGACAGGAUGUCCAAUGAUUUUCUAGCAAUAUAUCUUAAUUCUGUUUCUUUAGUGUACUGCUGUAUAUAAAUACCAUGUAAGGUCCUACACAUGGUCUGUUUUCCUGUCUACUGCUGUGAAAGGGGUCAUUUUUAUCAGUGGAUGAAUAAUAUCAGUUUAUAAGCAGCCAAUUUAUGACAAACAGUAGUUAGUCUUGGAUUUCAUAUGUUGUCAAAUGCAUUUUUCAUUCGGAGAGAUCAUGGUGUUAUUAGCCUUGUGAGGGCUGAUGGUGAUGUGACACUAAUUACAUCAAGAUGCCAUUGAUUGGUUACCUCUAAUUUUUAUGUUUCCUUCUUUUGAAUGGUUUUGUUCAAGCAAAUCAAAAUUCUUCUUUUCCUUGUUUUUCUUUCCCUUUUUAUUUUAAAUAUAAUUCUCAAUUUGUUUCAAAUCAAAGAAUCUGAAGUAGCACAGGAGUUUAUUAUGUUCUGAUACAGUCUGAUACUGCAGACACUCUGUGACAGUGAAAACAAGACAUGACUUUUUAAAAUAUCUGAGCAACAGAACAUAUUUUAUAUUGUUAAAUAUACUGUAGUUUGAUGCACGAAUUUAUAAUUUUUACUACAUUUUAUUACUUCAUGGUACAUUGUUUUCUGACAAGUUUAUUUAUUGUAAGACUUGUUGCUAGCUAAGGCCCUUUGCUAGGUUUACUGCAGUAUUAUUCCUUAAUGUGAGCAUUGUUGUACUGGGACCCAGUGUAGCAUUGUACAUGACAUGUGUCACUAAUUUUGUUUGCCUUUUUUAUUUAUAGGUCUCACCGCAGCACUAAACUGCACCAGCCCAACCCGUAAAUCCUUGUACCGCGCACUACAAAAGGAAUUAUUCUCUGAAAAACUGGUGCCUCCAAACAACUUCACUCACCCAUUUGAAGUGACAGUCAGUAUCACUGUGGUGGGACUUUUAGGAGUGGUGAGUCCACCUUUACACAAAUACUACCUCUCUAUAAACACAAAUAAUGUUGAAUUCACAUAUUUGUUGUCAAAAUCAUCAGCAAUCUACUUAAAUACCUUUAAUUAACCUUCACAGGAUGAGAAAGCCCAAACCAUGACAACAGUCAUAUGGCAAGUACUAGUAAGUUCAUGAUGAGAUUUUUCUUAUUUUACCCUGAUGACAUUGACCAUUUGUAGAUUAUUAUUUAUGGGUUAGUAUUUGAUUGAAGAAAAACAGGGAUAAACAAAGAUAUGAUGUGUAAUCUCACUGAAAUUAGAACUUUAAGGCACCAAUCAGUCAGAAAUCUGCAGAUAAAGAUUUCACUAUUUUACUUGUUGAGAUUUAAUAAACUUGAUAAUUAGUCUCACUAGAAUUAAAGUAAACUGAUGAGGUAUUAUACAAAAAGUUUACACACAAAAAUAAAGGCUAAAAAAGAAUAUUUUGAUAUUUUGUCGGUAACACUGCUUUUGUUCUGUCAAAUGAAGGAGUGGCAAAUAGACGGACUGAGCUGGGAGAAGGAGGAAUGUGGAACGGACCGAGUUUCAGUCCCUCGGGAAGAGCUUUGGGUUCCAGAUGUCCACAUUGGAGAGUUGUAAGUUUAAAUUAUGAUAAAAGUAAAAACCUGAGAUGUCAGUACCAGCAAACAUUGUUCCCAUUACCCUCAUUUAUAGUCUAAGGUAAUAAUCCUGACGCUUAUUUUGAGAUUAAAGACAGCAAUUUUUGUCUGUUAUUUUACUUUGUGUUGGAUUCAAUUAAUGAUCAAUUCUUAACUCUAUUCCAUUCACUUUUAGCAUGGAUGAAGAUACCUCUCCAAAAACUCCCUAUGUGUACUUGUACAACACAGGUCAUGUUUAUGAUGACAAGCCUGUCAGGGUGAUCAGCUCCUGUCGGUUAGAAAUCUACACCUUUCCCUUCGACAUCCAGAACUGCUCGCUGACCUUUGGAGCAUAUGUGCACUUUGGUAAGAGUAUUUAUGUCAAACGUUUUAAUUGUUGAAGGUCUUUGUCAAGUUAGAUGUCAAACUCCACUUUGAGCAUCUACCAACGUGAUGCAAAAACUGUGUGAAAUAUUUCACUAAAGCUACGGACGUGAAGAUGGUGCAAGGCUCCUCAGCUGAAGACAUCCUGCAAGAGUCCAGAACAGUGAUUGAGACCAAUGGGGAGUGGGAGCUCAUAGGCAUCACUGUGACCCCUUAUAUCCUGGACUUAGAAGGUGGAAGCUACUCUCAGGUUGCCUACAGUGUAAGCUCUUCUUUAACAUCAAACUGAUCUAUUGUAUAUUUUCCAUCUUUUGUCUCACAAUAGCAACUUUGUAAGAAAAAAAAUCUAUAAGCCUACGUUUCCUUAUCCUGUAAGGCAAAAUUAUGGCAGUUUUGGACUGAGGUUACACAGAACAUGUAGCAGGCUACCUCUGCAAGAUAAAACACUGCAAUUGAUUAAAAUACCAGAGAAUGUAAUUUUCUAUCUAGCAGCCUAAUUCAAGUCUCAUUGUACCUGCUUCCUCCAAAGCUCCUCAUAAGGCGCCGGCCUGUCCUGUACGUGGUGAACCUGUUGAUCCCCAGCUGCUUCCUUGUCACGGUGGACCUUUUCAGCUUCCUACUGCCUCCAUCAAGUGUGGACAGAUCCUCCUUCAAGAUGACUCUGAUCCUGGGUUACACGGUCUUCCUGCUCAUCAUGAAUGACCUGCUGCCUGUGACUGGAGAAACGACACCUCUCAUCAGUGAGUUACAUCUCCGAAAAGAGCAGCAGAGUUAAAGAGUCUUCUUCACUGUGAACUGAGCAUGUUAACCUUCUUCCUAUGUUAGCUUUUACUACACACCCACUAUGUCAAGGGUCAGUUUUGACCCGUGUCUUAAAUCAGCUGUUAAUAACACUAAUAAAAAAUUCUCUAUCAUCCAAUUUGGUUCUCAUCUCUAGGUUACAUUGUUAGGCUUCAUUAUCCAUGAAAAUAUGGUUUGUAAUAUUUUUGUAGUGGUCCUCUGGGCUUUUCUUUGUCAGUAUACUCCUCAUACAGACAUCUACACUUAAUUGAUCUCACAUGUCUGGACAUGCCCGACGUUGUUUUUUGUGCAGGGUAAAUCAUGGUAAAUGAGAAUUUCCUAAAUCUCACAUGAUUGGAAGAGGAUCUGACUGUCAUUGAGGUGCCUGACAGUGCACAAUAUGAUUUCAGUUUUUGUUCUAAUCAUUGAUUUUUAAUCUAACUGGGUCAACAGUGACCCUAACACAACAAGUGCCAUCAUUUUAAUAAGAGCAUUUUAUAAUUUAGUCAAUUUGAUUAUUUUAUUUUCAUUUUUGUUGAAAUAGAGGUUCCUAACAAAGUCAAAACGUCUUGAUGCAAAUAAACUAAUUUAAGUGGUUCUUUUAAGCAUUUAAAAACAAAAACAGGUCGGUGCAGACCCUAACACAGGAGGAGGGUUAAAAAAAAAUCACAAUUAUUUUUGUGAAAUAAUUAGAUAAAUCCAAAUAUCCUCCAAAUGUUUUUAUGUCAACAUAUUUCCUUUUUUUAUGACGCUUUUCCCGUUUAAAAAAAGCCACUAACUAGAAUGAGAUUAAAAAGGACAUUUCUUACAUGUUUGUUAAGCUCACACUGUAUUACAUUUUCCAGAAUAAGGCCUACAUCAAAGCCAAUAAGGCUUAAGUUCAUGUAUUUAAGCAUUCAUGAUAAACAAAUUGUGUAGUUCUUACUGAAUCUAAUAUCUUUUGAUGUGUGUCCUGUAGAUGUUUUCUUCUCCCUCAGCCUGGCUCUGAUGGUGACCAGCCUGUUGGAGACGGUGUUCAUCACUAAUGUCCAGUACAGCUCCAGUCAGUACAGUGCAGUUCCAAACUGGCUGAGCGUCCUUGUGCUGCGAUAUCUUGCUAUUGUAGUCUGUCUUCCCCCGAAGAAAAAGAGCAACCGAGUCACUGUCAACCUCAACCAGUCUACCAGAGGUACAGUAGUAAUAUCUUUGUUAUAUUUUCUUUUUGUUCUUUGGUAAGUGAGACAGUCUUCUCAAGGUUACUAACGCUCGUAACAUCCCAUUUUAGCAGUGUAAAUAGAAUAAAUUAUAACCACUUUUAUUGUUUUUUUUUAUUAUUUUGGACAGAACCGACAAUAAUCCAUGCCAUCUCCGGGGAUGAAACUUUAGCAAAACUCUCCCCAAGCCCCUUACUCCCCUCAGACAAACCUGACCCGGCCCUGGAGGAACUGAAGAAGAUCGGCAAAGAUCUCACGGUCAUCCGCCUGCAGAUAGACAAUCACUUCAAGGGGACCAGCACCUCUCAUGAGUGGCAAAUGAUUGGGAUAGUCAUCGACCGUCUGCUUUUCGGCCUGUACAUCCUCUUCAUCCUUGUCAGCUUCAUCACCAUCAUCAGUAUCUGGAUCUGGAAUAAUAACUCUAAAGUAAAAUUAAACUAAGGAGUUAAUAGACGGAUUUAAAUCAGACAGACACAUUCAUAACCAUCAAGAGAAUCUGCAAUAAUUUAACCUGUGGAGACAGAGUUACCAGCAUCUUAUCCUGAGAUGUAAAACUAUUCAGUGACUUUACAGCUCUUGGAAAAGAGGAGUUAUGAUUCCUUCUUUAAACAAGACACUGGUAUUUUCAUUUUUGUCAAUUUAGAUGUGAGUUUAAGGACUUUUUACUGAAUGACAAAUUCUAGAAUUUUAGCAGAGGAACAUUUUGAAAAGAGGUCAAGAAUGAACUUCAUUGGCAUGCUUUUUUUUAAUCGCAUAUGUGUUGUGUCAUUCGAUUGGUCUAAAAAUAAUCACUCAUCAGUUUCAGUUUACUGUGUUUGGCAGCUGUACUCAGCUUACAGUCGCUCUCCUGCGUUAGAACAGCCAGUCUACUUAAAAAGAAAUGUUUCAUUUCUGCUCAUCUUAUCCAUUAGAUGGCGCCAUUGUUUAGUUAAAAUGUAGUGUAGUGCCACAUUGAAGAAGAAAUAUUUCUGCUGCUCUGCUCAACACAGAACUGAGUAUUACAGCUACUUUGUCUCAUCGCUAUUUUUUAAUUAGAGAUCACUAGAUAAACCUACAACACUAAUAUAUGAUAGAUGUAUAUAAUACAUAUUAGCCUCAAGUGGACAAGUCUGUGCAAUGAUCACUUUUACUUACAGCACUUCGAUAAUAUAUGUUGUAAAUUAUAUUUUCAUGGUUUUAGUUGAAAAAAUCUGAAUUAUUCACUUAUAAUUAUUAUUAUUCUAAAAAUUUUGUUAUGCUCUUCUGACUGUGCUUUUUUAAAUAAAGUUGCACAUAAAAAAAAAAAAGGUUCAAAACAGUUUCACUCCAUUUGUUUCUCCAUGUUUAGACCACAAAGAAAGUGGUCUCUAAAAAUCAGCUGGUGACUUCUUGAUCAGGUUGAUUAGCAAAUUUGGACAAAGAUGAAAUUCAAAUUGGCAAAAACUAAACAUUUCAGUCAAUCAACUGCCUUUUUUUAUAGAAACAGCUGAUCUAAAGCAAUUUUGAUAUAAUUUUAGAGUUUGAUUUAAUCAUGUCUCAGAAAAAACGUCUCAAAUAAGAGGAUGUGCUGCCUUUACUUGUCCAAACUUUUUCUUCCUUCUUGUCUUUUCUUUGUUCUUUCACAGUUUUGUUUUACAGAAGCCUUUGGUAAAUUGUUUAUUUUUGUAUGAAAUAAUAAUUUUAUUAUUAAAACAUCAUGAUUCAGCUGCAAACAUUUUAAUUUCUCACCAAAAGUUUGUCAUUACUGCUGUAAUUUCUCUAUCUGCACAUUAAAAUCCAUGAGACUCCUCAACAGUCUAGCCAGUCUUUUAUUGUCAACAUAAUUACAGAACAAAGGCAAAUUACCACAAAGAACAAUCAUUAAAAUAACAAAAUCAACAUUUUUAAUAAGUGUAGUGCACUUUAAAACCUCAACAUGGCUCCAUGUUAAAGGCAGUCAAGAGGAAAACAAUGUGCUGGAAAAGCAGGCGAGGUUUUGAGCGUCACUUUGUUCUGGAGCUUGUUAAGAGUUCAGUGUUGGAUUGAAAAGCAGUCUUAUUACUGCAGUUUAAACCUUUAAGGCGGACUAUUAUUGCUCGUAAUGUGUCCCAUGACGGGUUAUUUUUCUGAUAGGUGGCUGUAUGCAAAGCAAAGGCAGAGCCCCGACCCACUAAACCCUCUUAUGUGUUGGCCAGCACAGUGGUUCAGAGCCUUGGAGGUCCAAAGACCAAUCUGCGGAUCACCAGAAAACUGAACGUGAAAAAAGGACCGAUGUUUGGAAACAAUCUGAAGAGGAAAAAUAAGAGUUUGGUCGACGAAUCAAAACUCAAGUAUGAGGUAAGUCUAUGCCAGCAGAGACAGUCAGAAUAAGCUGCUUCAUUUUAAAGGAAUAGUUCGACAUUUAAGGAACUUUUCUUCACGCCUCUGUUGUGCAAACAUGAGCCAGCAACCUACUAACUUAGCUUAACCAAGAGAUAUACUCGUCACAUAAACUGUUGAAAAAUUAUCAGUACAUAUUCUCCCAUUUAACUCUGACUUGUUUUUGUUUGUUUCAGUGCUUGUAG